UGUUAUCACAGUGCACUCCAUCCCUGGUUCUACCCCCGAGAUUUUAUUCCCAGUUGAUAGACAUAUAAACGCCGGCUAAAAAAUGGAAAAGUUCAAUAAAGCGCAUGCUAAAAAUCUGGCUGCUGCCCAGAAACUGGUGGACACCUAUGCCUCCAGCUCCGAGGAUGAAGGCGAACUGGAUGAGAAGCAUAUUUUGGAACUUCUAUAUAAGAACUAUCGGCCUACAGAGAGCGCAGAAAAGACCACGGAUGCUGCCCGCACCAGUACGUUCCUGGAAAAUACCCUUCACUCGGGAGCAGCUACUUGCCUUAUCUGCAUCGGAAGCAUUCGGCGAGUGGAGGCCAUUUGGUCGUGUGAGAGCUGCUACUGCUUCUUCCACUUGAACUGCAUACAGCGUUGGGCCAACGACAGCAUGAUGCAGAUGAAGGUGAAGGCCGCUGAACAGCAGAAUGGUCAGGCCAGCCAGGGUCACUACAAUCACCUGGGCGAGUUUGUUCCGCCCAAGCGUCAAAAAUCCCUGCACUGGUGCUGCCCUCAGUGUCGCAGGGACUACCAGCCUACGGAGAAACCCACGCAGUACAAUUGCUUCUGUGGCAAGGAGGCGAAUCCUGAAAAUCAGCCAUUCCUGGUUCCUCAUUCUUGCGGAGAGAUCUGCGGGAAGCUGCUACAGCCCAAGUGUGGACACGAUUGCAAGUUGCUUUGCCAUCCGGGACCAUGUCCUCCGUGUGCCCAGCAAGCACAGAUCUCCUGUUUGUGCGGGAAAUCUAGUCCCAGGUCUGUGAGAUGUAUUGAAAAACAGUGGAGAUGCCAACAAGCGUGCAAGGAUCUUUUAGCAUGUGGCAAACAUAAGUGCAAUCAAGUGUGUCAUCGACCAGGACAAUGUCCCCCUUGUACCAGCAAGAGCUUGCAGCCUUGCGAGUGCCAACGAGAAUCCAAGAUGGUCAACUGCUCCGAUCCUAAAUGGAAGUGUCAGAAUGUGUGUGGAGCUCCUUUUGCGUGUGGCUUACAUAUUUGCGAAAAGGUUUGCCAUGCCGGUCCCUGCGGCGAUGGGGAAUGUCCUUUGCAAUUCAGGAGUUGUCCAUGCGGAAAGAAUAGGCAAGUAAGACCCUGUAAUGAGGCGGAGGAGACCUGUGGCGAUACUUGCCAAAAGGUUUUGUCCUGUGGCCAACACACUUGCACCCAACGUUGUCAUCGAGGACCCUGCAUUUCCUGUCCAAUAAGAACCAAGAAGAAAUGUCGUUGUGGUCUGCAUGAAAAGGAGCUGCCAUGCUCCAAGGAGUUUACUUGCGAAACAAAAUGCAAGCAGAUACGUGAUUGUGGCAAACAUGCUUGUAAUAGAAAGUGCUGUGGGGAUCAGUGUCCGCCCUGUGAAAAAAUUUGUGGCAAGCAGCUUAGCUGUAACAAGCACAAAUGUCAGUCCGUCUGCCACAAUGGACCUUGCUAUCCUUGUAAACUGGAAUCCCAGAUCAACUGCCGCUGUGGAAAAACCAAAAGAAGUGUUCCAUGUGGCAGGGAAAGGAGCGCACGCAUCGUGUGCUUGGAACUUUGCCGAGUAACUGCCAAAUGCCAUCACGCUAUUAAACAUCGUUGCCACAAGGGCGAAUGUCCACCUUGUGGCCAAGUCUGCGGUCUUCCCAAUGACGUUAGCAAAUGUGGACACAUCUGUAAGGCUCGUUGCCAUCAGGCAGUUCGAGUUAAUAAAGCAAAAGAGGCUAAGCCUCAGGCUAAAAAAUACGAGUAUAAGGCACAACCCCAUCCCCGCUGCGAAGAAGGUGUUGUUGUCACAUGCAUCGGGGGUCAUGAGGUUGCAAGCUGGCCUUGCUGGAACUCUAAGCCUAGCUCCUGCCAGCGAAAGUGUGCGCGACAGCUUAAGUGCGGCAACCACAAGUGUUCAUUGGUUUGUCAUUCGGUGGCGCUUCCACAGGACAUGGCUCAGCAAGCUGGAUGUGCUAAUUGUGAGGAGGGUUGCUCUGUCCCUCGACCCACCGGAUGUGUUCACUCUUGCCCAAAGGGUUGUCAUCCCCCGCCCUGUGCUCCCUGCAACUUUGUGAUCAAAAGCAAGUGCCACUGCGGCCUUAAUCAGUUGGUAUACAAAUGUAGCGAGUUUUUCGAUGAGACGGGUACUGUCCAGGAAAUUAUCGAGCGAAGGGAAAAGCUACGUAGCUGCGGUAACCGUUGUUUAAAAAACUAUCCCUGUGGUCAUCGCUGCACAGCGAUAUGUCAUUCUGGUAAGUGUCCUAAUCCUGAGUUGUGCCGCAAAAAAGUUCGCAUCUUUUGCGCGUGCAAGCGACUCAAGCAGGAGAUUGCCUGCGACAAGCACCGUGGUGGUCAGACGACCUUGCUGUGCGACUCCAACUGCAAGGCGGAACAAUCUCGAGCCCAAAUGGCGGAAAAGGAGCAUUUGGAACAAAAGCGUCGCAAUGAAGAGGAGCGAAACCGCCUGGAACUCGAGAAGUUUGAGGCUAAGUUCGGCAAGCGCAAGCCCAAGGAGCGUAAAAUUGUUGAUGUGGGUCCAGCCAAAGCCAAGAUUGACUGGCAGCGUAGGGCCAUCUAUGUAGUGUCAAUCCUCACAGUUGUGGGGGCCAUCGUAGUGGCUUUCUACCCGGACAGUUAAAGGAAUGACAAAAACCAAUUCAAACAAGAAUUUGUAAUAUCAAUUUAAACAGUUUAGCAAAUAGAACUAAAAAAAUGACUGAUAAGCA